AUGCUUUUUCUCCCUUCUCUAUCUUACAUCAAAACACCUUUUCUUUCUUUAAUUUCUCUGUUAUAUUUAUCGAUGAUCUUCUUGGCUACAUUAUCUUUUUUCUCUUUCAGAUUGUCUCUUCUUGAUUCCUCCCUAUAUUUCCUUCUUUCUUUCCUUCAUCUCUUCCUUUCUUCUUCUUUUUCUUCUUCUUCUUCUUCUUCUUCUUCUUCUUCACUAAAGUGUUUUUUCAUUCUUUUAUUUUCUUUCAUUCGUUCUCGUCCUGUAAGAUUUCUUCUUCUUUUUCUUUAUCUUCCUCUUUAUGUGGCUGUCUUCUUGAUUUCAUUCCGUUUUUUUUUCUUUCUUUCUUUUUUUCUUUCUUUUUUUCUUUUUUUCUUAAGUUAUUGCUACCUUGAUUUGGUUUCUGUCUUUCUCUCCUUGUUUAUUCUUCUUCUUCUUCUUCUUCUUCUUCUUCUUCUUCUUCUUCUUCUUCUUCUUCGUGGCUAUCUCAUUUAUUUAUUUAUUUCUCCUUCUCUAAUAUGUCUUUCGUUAUAUUGUCCUAUCUUUUUAACUUCUUUCUUUCUUUCUUUCUUUCUUUCUUUCUUUCUUUCUUUCUUUCUUUCUUUCUUUCUUCUACUUUCCUAA